CAUUACAACCAACAAUAUCCUCAUAGCCUCCUUCCUUUAGAAAAAACAUAGCCAUCUCUUAAGAUGACAUUCUCUAAUCCUUUGAUUUUAGGCUUCUUUUUAGUGAUCAAUGUGGCAGUGCCAACUCUUGCAACUGUCCACACCGUUGGUGAUAAAUCAGGUUGGGCAAUUGGUUCUGAUUAUAACACAUGGGCUAGUGACAAAACAUUUGCAGUUGGUGACAGUCUCGUAUUCAACUAUGGAGCUGGGCACACAGUGGAUGAAGUUAAAGAAAGUGACUAUAAAUCAUGCACAACUGGAAAUUCAAUUAGUACUGACAGCAGUGGUCCCACAACCAUUCCCCUCAAGAAAGCAGGAACACAUUACUUCAUAUGUGCUGUUCCUGGACAUUGCACAGGUGGCAUGAAACUUUCUGUUAAAGUUAAGGCUUCUUCUAGUGCUUCUUCUGCUCCUUCUGCAACACCAUCGCCAUCAGGGAAAGGUUCACCUUCUGAUGGCACCCCUGCUGCAACCACCACCACCACUACUCCUUCCACACAAAGUGCAUCUUCAUCUACUAGUAUCUCACCAAUUGUUGCUUUAUUUUUCACUGUUUCAUGGAUCUUGAUCAGUUAUAUACUGGUGUGAGAUAAUUUUCCGAGAUAUAGUCAGGACAGAGGCAGUGCUUCCCGUGUUUUCUUUUCCCUUUUCACAUUAUUAUCUAUUAAUUUUAAAUCUUCUUUGAUCUAUUCUGAUUUAUGGAGGCUGUUGUAGUAUUAAUUAGUAAUCUAGGAAGUCUUGCAUUGUUUUUAUGUUUUAAUUAAUUUUUGUGCUUGAAUGAUUAUUGGUUACUGAGAUUGUUUGUUUUUUUA